AUGAAAACGCCUAAUAAACUAGAAGCAACUAGCAGCAGUAGCAGUAGAAGUAGCACAGGUAAUUUCUUUAAUGAUAACCGAAGUAAAAUUAUUAGUAACAAUUACGAUCAAAUAACAACAAACAUGACUGGUUUUUUUACAACUACAACUUCCGCGCUCAGUAGUUACUCUUCACAGGAUAUAAUGGAUGAAAAUUUUUUUAAAUUAACUCCCGUGAAAAUAAAAAAACCUAUUAUUUUUUCUGACACCACUAGUAACACUAAUGAUACAACUAGCAGCUCAAUAAAAAGAACACCUUCAUCCAUACAUAGGAUUGGUAAUACAGGUGUCAGUAUUUAUAAGUUAAACAACAACAACCAUUACAAUGAAAAUUUUCUAAAGAUAUCUAAAGAAUUGGAAACCUUAUUAAACAAUAUAAAUGUUAUAUAUAACGAAAUUGGGUACCCUUUACAUGAAAUUAAUGAAAGAGAAACUUCAAUUUUUAACGAAUUGUCCCAAAAAAUACAUCAAUUUUUUACCAAAGCAAAUACGGAGAAAUUAAAUAUAUCCAUUGAAAAUGAAAAUAUUUUGCAAAUAUUGAGAUUAAUUUUGAAAAGUAUGGGUGAUCAAAGAGGUAUUAACACAAUACCGGACUUAUAUAUCAGAAAUAUGAUUGUGUUAUCGCAACAGGAUUUGUCUCCAAGUAAAAGGGAGAUAUCUUUACUAAAUAAAAGAAAAAUAUUGAGUGAUGGUUUAAAUUUUGUUUUUCAGAAAUUUUUAGUUGCAUUAAAACAUUAUUUACAAUUAUGCCUAGACUAUAAUCAAAUUAUGAAACUAUUAGGUGAAACACAGGAUUCCAAUUGUAAUAACUUAAACGAUAAUAGCAUAUUUAUCUUGGAUGAAAGUAAAUGUCAAGAUAUUAAUCAAUUAUUGUUAGCAUCACAAGUCUCUAUGGACUCGAUAUCGCAAUUUUUUAUACAGGACUUUCAGAAUCACAAAACGACUUCAAUACUUAACCAAGCAAACUUUUCAACUGAAGGAUUGGAUAAAAUAAGAAAUAAAAUAGUUUUAUUGAGACAGAAAUAUGACGACAGAAUGUUUAAAUUGAAAAAUUCUAUUCAAGAUAUUUUAGACUUAGCCUUAUAUUUAGAGAUAGAUUUGCAAGCCUUUAUGCUGAAGAACGAUAUAAAUGAUGAGAGGGUUAUAAAAUUGAUAUUAUUCAACACCAAAUCAGAUUAUAAAGCAAUGGACUCUAAAUUGAUAAUACCGACAAGUUUAUUAGACACUUUACAGACGAUAAUUAAAACUUUUCUGAAAAUAAAGGAGAACAGAGAAUCUGAGAGAGAUUCUUUGCAUGAAAAAUGUGUCGAACUUUGGAGUAAAUUGAAAAUAUCCAAAGAAGAAAUUACCAACUUUAUGAACGAUAAAAUAGAAAUAUACAAGGGAAUGUUACCCCCUGUUGUAAUAAUGAAUUAUCAACAACAACAUGAAGCUUUAUUGAAACUGAAACGGGAAUCUAUAAAGCAACUGAUAGAGACUACUAUGGUUAAAAUCAUGGAUUUAUGGGAUUCUAUGGGGUUUUCAGCUAUAGAAAGGGAACCAUUUCUAACAUUUUACAACGAAAACUUUGCUCAAAGCAAUAAAAAUACUAACGCCGACGACGAAAAUGGAAAUGAUUUAGUUCUAAAUAGAUGUGAACGGGAGCUAUCUAUAUUGGAAGAAAAAUACAAGCUUUAUGAACCUAUUUUGAAAAACAUUGCACUUUUUGAAACUUAUCAAGAGGAUAAAAAAAAGCUAGAAAAAAGUAGCAAAGAUCCUUCGAGAUUGUUAUGCAAAAAUUCCAACAAGAUUUUGUUAUAUGAAGAAAGAACUAGAAAAAAAAUUUCUAGACAUUUCCCUCUGAUUAUUCAGAGCUUAAAGGAGAAAUUAAUUAACUUUGAAUCUCAAUUUAAUAGACCAUUUAUAAAUUAUAGGAAGGGUGAUAUGCCCUAUUUGGAUAUAGUUUUGGAACAAGAAAAAGAAAUUUUAACUAAAUAUCCCAAAAGCAGAAUGUCUAUUGUACCAAAAGUGACUUCUAACAGGGAUGUGUCCGUUUUUGGUACCACCAACAAUGGUACUAUUAACACUACUAGGAUGAAUGCUUAUAACCAACAUCAACACUUUCCGUCAACGAAGAGACAGAAAAUAGGAGAACAUAUUAACAACAAUUAUAACAAGCUUACUCCAUCUCCUUAUACUAAAAACAAAAUCGGUAAAAGUCCGCAGAAGGUAAGUCUAUCAGGUAAAAAUAUUUCUGGUACAGUAUAUAAUCAUAAUACCAGUAGCAGCAGUAGAACAGUUAGAUUCCGAAAUCCAUUGACUACUGAUAUUUACAAACAUAACGAAAACACACCUAUUAAUACUCCAAAAACUAAUAGAAGAUUAUUAAUACAAUUAUCUCCCAGCUUAUUAAAUCGAACUACUGCACGAAGACCGAACCUGGGGAAAACACACAUACCUUUGCCUAAAUCCUUUUCUAAUUUAGAAUCUGGCAAAGAUAAGGAAAAUUACACUAUAAAAAAAAAUACUGACAUUAUAAACAAGGACAAUAACAAUUUAGCUAUAAGUACUCGCCAUAUUAAUAAUACUACUUCAGAAAUAGUAACAAAACAAGAUACUACGAACAAAACUGACAGUAAUGAUGUUAUUAACAGCAAUUCCUUUACUAUGGGGGUGGAAGUAAGUCUAUUAGAUGAUGAAGAUGAUGAUUUGAAUUUUAAUAUAUGGCAAAAAGAACAGAUGGUUAAAAUAAGCAACAAUAAAUAA